AUGGGCCCUCCUCACACUCCCACGUGUCAUGUUGUCACUCUCUUGUCUGCCGACUUCGGUUGCAGGCUUCAAAGUCUCCAUAGCCACUUGGAUAUGCUACGACUUGGUCAGCAUACUGUUGCUUCUUUGAGCCCAGUGGUGCCAGACUUGCGCUUGCCCGCAGCAUGGGCUCUGCGUUAUCAAGUAUGCUCCGCAGGGGACAGCUGCGAUAUCAAGGGACUCCGCAGGGGACAGCUGCGAUACCAAGGGACUCCGCAGGGGACAGCUGCGACAUCAAGGGACUCCGCAGGGGACAGCUGCGAUAUCAAGGGACUCCGCAGGGGACAGCUGCGAUACCAAGGGACUCCGCAGGGGACAGCUGCGAUAUCAAGGGACUCCGCAGGGGACAGCUGCGAUACCAAGGGACUCCGCAGGGGGGCGCUGCGAUACCAAGGGACUCUAGCGAAGUGCAGGCACCUCUACGCGGUGCUAGGGACCAGUAUUCAAUUCUCGCUUUGA